AUGUCGAACCAUCAAGCGCUUAUCGAAGCACUCUUGAUGAAAUCAAUCCUUGGUCAAGAGCUAGCCGCUCAGCACAUCCACGCAAGUCAUCCGACUCCAAGCCUUGUCCGCCAACGACGUUGUUCUGACAGCGCGUCCGAAUUUUUUGCCCAACUACUGUCCAGAGCGAGGUCACCUGACGCCACAUUUGUCGACUUCGAUGGUGGCUCAGCAUUCGAUGAUGGCAUGGCGCUUGAUGACUACGGAUACGCAUCUGACAGCGAUCUUGAAGAUGAAGAAGAGGUCAAAGCUAGUCAGACCCCUCCCAGUGAUAUCAAGGGAAACACCAACAAAUCAGAUGAUGACGAUGAUGAUGACGACAAAUGA